AUGGACGAGAUAAUGAAAAAAGCCGAGGAAGCAAGAAAAACGUUGGUCCCAGCCAAGACAAUGGUGAAUUUGAAUGGUAUUAUGGAGAUUAAAUGCUUACACAAGGUCGACAAAUCUGGCAAAACUUUGGAAGAGGCAGUUUUAACAGAUAGGACUUUGUGUGUGGAAAAGUAUGUCUCAGAAACAGGAAGAGAACAACUGAGAUUGAAAAGAAAACACCACUAUUAUUACCAAGUCCAGGGACAACUCAACAUCUGCAAAAAUGAUAUUUGCUUUUUUGUGGUUUAUAUAAAUGAUGAGCAACCCUUGUAUGUUGAUGCCAUCCUACAGGAUGAACAGUGUUGGAAUAAGGAAAUGUUACCAAAACUGACCAACUUUUACCAUGAACAUAUGAUUCCAGAAUUGGUGAAAAAGUACUCUUCCAAAUAA